UACUGUCGAAAUGUCCAAAUGCGAGUUAUAACCACUGCAGCCGUUGGCUGUUACGGCCUUACAGGCCACGGCCAGGAAUCCAUCAACCGGAUGCAAGAAUUCGUCGACCCCUUCCAAUGCAUCCCGGCUGCCCAGCUACUACCGAACCGGCACCGGCAGUGACUGCUGACGCCGUGCGUACUGCUCGGGAGGCGUCCCCCCGACCCACCAGACCCCGGCCGAGAAUUCCACAGCCACGCACGGGGCAGGCCUAGGACGCGAGCAGUACGUACCGACCCCUGCGAUAAACGCGCGAGCGGACACACGGACGGCCCCGAUCCAUCCUUCCUUCCUCCCCCUAUCCGGUUUCAACUUUCAACCCGCACGGCCCCCCGUUCCGUUCCGUUCCUAGUACCCGCGAUCGAUCGACCUCCAUUUCAUAUGCUGCGCUCCCUCCCUCCACAGAUCUCGCCGGCCCCCGUUGCACGCGGCGCGCAGCCUUUCCUUUCCCACUCUGCACGCGCCGGCAACAGAACGGUUCCUCCCUACCGUUUGAACGGUUCGGCUCGGGGAAUUGGGUCCCUUCCACCGAUCGCUUCCUUGGACGGAGGUUUUGCUCUGGCCGCGCGCGCUUGUGUCGACGGCGUCGGGCGGCGGGAUGGGGUGCAAGGGGUCCAAGCACGCGCUGCAUGGAGGCGGCGGCGGCGGCGCGCUGGAGCCGCGGAAGUGCGCCUCGGGGCUCGUGGCGCGCCACUCCGUCGCGCUCAGGUCGUCCACGCUCGGCACGCUCAGCCUCGACCGCGCCACGGCCGCCGCGGCGCCGGUGAAGCGGCAGAGGCUGGCGCCCCCGCGGACGCCCACCAAGACGCCCGCGCGUGACCCCGAGGAGAUCAACGUGUGGGAGCUCAUGCACGGGCUCGACGACGACGACGACAGUGCGGAGGAGUACGAUGAUUGCGUGGACGCCCAGGUUCCGUCCGCGUGCGGAUCGCCGGAGUUUGACCCGGACGUCCUGUCGGCGUUCCGGGAGGCGCUCGUCGACCUGUCGCCUCCACACCCGGACGCCGCUGUCGCGACAGACGGAGGGGCCGUCGUCAACAAGGAGGAAAUCCAGGUGUUCGCCGACGUCGCGAGCGACGGAGGGGCCGUCGUCAACAAGGAGGAAAUCCAGAAGGAGGAAAUUCAGGUGUUCGCCGGUGUAGUGCGUGCGCGGCUCGACGUGCUCCAGGGAAGGAUCGACAGCAGGUCACAAAAGAAUCCGCCGCCCCCGCCGGAGAGCAGGGGGCGGGUGGUCGUGUACCUGACGAGCCUCCGGGGCAUCCGGCAGACGUACGAGGACUGCUGGGCGGCGAGCACGAUCCUGUCCAGCUACGGCGUGCACGUCGACGAGCGCGACCUGUCGAUGCACGCCGGGUACAAGGACGAGCUGCGCGACGCGGUCGGCGCAGGCGCCAGCGUGCUGCCGCAGGUGUUCGUCGACGGCUGGCACCUGGGCGGCGCCGAGGAGGUCCGGCGCAUGCACGAGUCCGGGGAGCUGGCGGAGGCCCUCGACGUAUGCGAGGCGGCGCCGGGCGCGUCCGGCGGCGGGAAAGAAGGACCGGGGGGCUUCGGCACGGAGCCGUGCGGCGGCUGCGGGGGCGCGCGGUUCGUGCCGUGCGACGUCUGCUCCGGCAGCUGCAAGGUGUUCGUCGAGGACGAGGGCGGCGCCGGGGCGUUCAGGCGGUGCCCGGACUGCAACGAGAACGGGCUACUGAGGUGUCCAAUCUGUUAAUGAAACCACUCUGUGUUAAUUGCUCUGAUUUCUUGUCGUUGUCA